CUAAGGAGAUUCAUAAUGUCUGGUCGCGGAAAGCAGGGAGGUAAAGCCCGGGCUAAGGCCAAGUCUCGCUCUUCUCGUGCUGGGCUGCAGUUCCCUGUGGGCCGCGUGCACCGCCUGCUGCGCAAGGGGAACUACGCGGAGCGAGUGGGAGCCGGCGCUCCCGUUUACAUGGCUGCGGUGCUGGAGUACCUCACGGCGGAAAUCUUGGAGCUGGCUGGCAACGCCGCCCGCGACAACAAGAAAACCCGCAUCAUCCCCCGGCACUUGCAGCUGGCCAUCCGCAACGACGAGGAGCUGAACAAACUACUGGGCAAAGUCACCAUCGCGCAGGGGGGCGUCCUGCCCAACAUCCAGGCGGUGCUGCUGCCCAAGAAAACCGAGAGCCACAAAGCCAAGGGCAAGUGAGCAGGCGUCUGCUGCUGCUUUCUAGGCGAGGGAGAUCCGCCGCCACUCAGCCUCUCCACCCCAAAGGCUCUUUUCAGAGCCACUCACAAUGUCAGGCAAAGAGUUGUUAGUCCCUGUUCUGUCUCUUGGGGGUUGUUGCUAAGGGAACAUGAACUAGUUCAGUAGAAACUCAGGCCCGGGUAGCUAUCCCGGUCGAAAACGGGUGGCGAGAAUAUACAGGCAACCAAUAGUUCUCUCUGAAAACACGCCCCGUGGAUCGAAAACCACCUGAUCUCUGCCCAGAGCCCG